GUAAACUUCAAUCCGAGUGUUCAUCACAUGGAUAUGUUUACGAUCCUUCGGUCCCUCUGUGUUAUCAAAUCAAUGCUGUAGCGUUAACAAAGGUUGAUGCUGUGACAUCCUGUCAACAAAGUAAUGGUCAUUUGCUGAGAAUUGAUACAUACAGGAAACAACUUUUGGUAGAAUCAUUAACCCUACAAACAACAGCCUCUGUUUUGAAAUAUCGAAUUGAUGGAGAAAAUCAAAACAAUGGUACCUGGACUUUUUCUGACGGAAGAGAAAUUGCCACAUUUUACUGGUACCCUGGGGAACCUAAAGAAAAUCAUAAAUCUAUUGGACUGAGAGUGACAUAUAAAGGACUGUGGGAUGAUAUAAGUGACACUUGGCCCCAUGGAUUUAUUUGCGAACGAGUGCCUUCAGUUUUGUAAUUAGUACUUCUACAUGACAAUGUUAAUGUGAACACUUUUUUGUUUUUAAACUAUUUUAAAUAUUCAUUCUAGAAGUGCCCUUUAACCCAAGAUUGAACAUCUGAUCUUAGAUUGUUUUAUUGUUAAAGUAAUACGUUUUAUUUCCAUUAGUGAACUCUUCAGAAUUAGAGGCGUGUUUGGUCGUCUGACUGUGGCAGCAUGGCGUUGCGGAUAGUACGAAACAUGCCAAACCCAGUUCAAUUAAAUGUUAAAUGUAUUUGUCAUUCUAGUUAAAGAAUAGAGGAACUAAAAACCUGUAAGAGAGCGAGAACUUGAAAUUCAUAACCCAUGUAUGAAAAUACGACAUUUGAGUGAGAGGCAUGCAUGUGUAUUGUAAUUUUGUAUUUAGAUGAUACCAUAAGAUAAACAGACACAUACGAUCAUCAUUAGAUAUGAAUUGAUAUCGUUGUAAUUCCUACUAUUAAUGUAUAUAAAAUCCACAGCAAUUAAA